AUGCUUCAUGAAAAUAAGAUAGUUUCUUUAAAUUUGAUAAAAGAGAAGACCAACUUUAAGCAUCUUUCCAACUUUAACAUAAAUAUUGAAAGUUUUCCGCCAGAGGUAACACAAAACUUUGAUUUAAGCGUUGAAUUCGCUCUUAAACUUUCGUUAAAUGAAAUCUCUACACACAAGUUGGCUCUCGCUUUAUCCCAAUACUCUGAGAGUUCUGUAGUUUCUACUUAUCAAUUAAAAAGUUUAAAAGUUGAAAGUAAUCAUUAUCUUAAAGCCCUUAAAGAUAUUCAAACGCUUGUGAAAAAGUCGUUAAAAGCUUUAGCUUUGCACGAACAAGAGAAUAAAGUCAAGGACGUCAUCUUGGAAAAGCACUCUGUCGAGGCUGAAUUUUAUCGUUUGAAAGCAGAAGAGUAUCAAAGAUUCAUAGAAGAAUAUAUUAAUCAGUUUAAAGAAAUGGGAUUUAUUCAAAACCAAGAAACUGAAGAUAUAAAAGUUCAAGAAUGCCCUCUGAGCCACACAGCUCUUCUGAAUUUAGAGGCUCGCGUAGCAGCGGCUAAGCAAAAGAUUUUACCGCUGCAGAGUAGGAUAAACUUUUUUCAAGGGCUGCCCCCCAAUGCCAAGUUAGCAAAGAUGGCUCUCUCAAAGCUCGAGAAUAAGAUGGCGGCGUUACAAAAAGAACUAGAAAGUAUCGACUACGAUCUUUAAGUUUUGAAGAAAUGCGAAGCUUAUAAAGUCACUG